GGAUGAGGGUUUAGAAAGUAGGUUAGGGGGAUGAUCCAUCAAUUCUAUGAUUAGAGCAUCGGAGGUGCUCCAAAAAUACGGUGACAUCGCUAGUAGCACUUGAUGAAGGGAUGAGCCGUAUUCAAUCCACUUGGCCGUGUAAUGGGGUCCUCGUCAUCGAGUCGUCUAGAUUGAAGGGAGGCCUUUGUUCUGAUGAGCCGAUAGUGUCAUCGGCCUCAACCUCGGCAGAGGAUCUUUUCUAUGAUGAUCCAGUCUUGGGGUUGUUGAGUUAUUGCCAUUUCAGUGAAUGGCUUAAAAUUCUCAAAGAUGACAGGGAUUUUGCCUUGGUAUCCGUCGUCUUAAUACAGGGCGGUGGCUUGCCGCAGAACAUCAACAUCGUUCAUCUCGCUCUUCCGCAACUGAGAGCAUUCUUCAUACGCCAUCAGAUGAAGCACAACGGUGCACUUUUGGACGCUGCUAAAACUGUGCCGGCCUCUCGCAUCAAGGCGUUGGGUGAACCAAGGCAUCUCGCGUUCAAUAUCAGCAGAGGGAAGCAUUUCUUCAAAACCAUCAGGCAAACCUCUAGGUCUCUCUCCACUGCGAAUCAGAUGGAAGAGCGUUACAGCUUCAAUCCGAGCUUGCGAUGGAACCCCGAGGUGGAAGACUACUUCACCAAAGCUUAUGGAGCUCAACACUUCGCUUGCAUCUCCACUGCUCUCACGCGGCCUUCAUGUUACUCUUGUGUUCGUGUUAAUACGCUUAAAUCCACAAGCGAUUGUGUUAUUGAGAAACUUAUGAAAAUUUUAGGGGAAAGAGGGCAUGAAAGUGGUAAUGCUAGUGGAAUUAAGGUAGAUUCAGGGGAACUCUGUGAGGAAUUCAGGGGAAGUGCAAAAUCCACGAGGCCUCAUGUAGAAAGUAUCUCAAAAUGUCCAUUUCCUGGGCUAGACUAUGUGCUUUUCAUUAAAGGUUCAGGGCCGCAUGCUAUUGAUUAUGGGCACGAAAAAGGUAAACCAUUGAAAGAAGUGGUUGUGAGUCGAAAAUGUGCAGAGGCUGUUCUUCGUGGUGCCCAAGCAUAUGUACCUGGUGUAUUGGCCUGCACUGCUCAUGUCGAGAAAGGGGAUGUGGUCGCAGUUUCAGUUGCUGUGGAACAGCCUGAUCCUGAAGGCGGAUGGGGUAUUGGUAUGACGCGUGGGACUGUCCUGCAAGGAUCAGAAGCAGACCCUCUAUAUUCGGAAAGAAGUGGACUCUAUAUUGGUCAAGGAACCGCAAUGUUGUCACGAGCCGGGAUCUUUCGUGUACCAGGAGGAGUUGCCGUGGAUAUGCAUAAUAGAGUGUAUGAACUACCCUCCUUCAAUGAAUUGCUCGAGGGUGAAAUCUUUCUUCAGAAUUUGCCAAGCAUUAUAGCUGCACAUGCCUUGGACCCUCAACAGGGAGAAAAGGUAUUGGACAUGUGUGCUGCUCCUGGUGGUAAAACGACUGCAAUUGCAAUUCUUAUGAAGGACACAGGCGAAAUAAUUGCUGCUGAUAGAUCUCACAACAAGGUGCUUAAUAUUAACAAAUUGGCUGCUGAGAUGGGUUUGAAUUGUAUAACUACAUUUAAACUUGAUGCACUAAAAUCUUGUAGUCGAACUUGUGAAGAUGGUGGUUUGCCUGUUCUCAAUGUCAGGAAUGAAGUUUUGACUACUCCGCCUGAUUUAAUAGGGCCAGAAAUGUCCAAAAUCCAACCCACUGGGACUAAUGGUUUGGAUGUUGAGUUGACAUUGCAGAUUGAAUCGGGAACCGUGCAAUUGGGAAGCAGUGGUUACACAAGCAAAGCUGAACUGCGUAAGAGUAUUAGAAAAAUGAGAAAUGGGCCUGGAAGGAACCACUGUGCUGGUGGCAGGGUUGAAAAGUCUAAAGGAUUUGCUCCAAAUAGCUUUGAUCGUGUUCUCCUUGAUGCUCCCUGUUCUGCUCUCGGUUUGAGACCUCGACUGUUUGCAGGAGAGGAAACCAUGGAAUCAUUGAGGAAACAUGCCAAGUAUCAGAAAAAAAUGUUUGACCAGGCUGUUCAACUUGUUCGGCCUGGUGGAGUUCUUGUGUAUUCCACAUGCACAAUAAACCCUGGAGAGAAUGAAGCAGUGGUGCGAUAUGCAUUGGAUACAUACAAGUUCCUCUCACUAGCAGAGCAGAACCCAAAGGUUGGAGGACCUGGUCUUACUGGUUCCUGCCAGUUUUCGGAUGGAUCAAUCGAGGAAUGGUUGAAGCCCGGCGAGGAAGAUUUUGUACAGAGAUUCGAUCCAUCGUCUUCUCUUGAUACAAUUGGGUUUUUCAUAGCCAAGUUCAAUGUUGGGCCGAAAAAUGUGUGAUAUGAAGAAUGCGCAAACAUGGCUCCUGAAAUGACGACAAAUCGUUCCCUGUAGGUAAAGUAUCAAGGUACUCAAUGGCACCACACAUUUUCUUAGUCCAAGGAUGGUUCUUGAGAAAUCAACUACAAGUAGGUUUUAAAAAUAUCACUUCAUUGUUUAAACAUUUGUUUUUGUUUUCGUCUAGUUUACUUUUCUCCUUUGGACCAAAUCUGAAUGGGGAAGCUAUGUAUACUUUUUCUCAUUUUAAAUUUAGAUCAUAAUAUUUGGGGAAAAUGUAUCGAGUUAUGAUGUAGCCAUAAACUAUACUGGGUAUA